AGUCUGGGCAUCAGGAUUUCUAAAAGCUUCCAAGAGCAUCUAAUGUGCAGCUUGGGGUGAGAACCAGUGCCCUAGACCAAGUACUUCAUUUCACAGAUGGGAACCUGAAGCCCAGAGAUGGGAAUGUAUUUGUCCAAGGUCACACAGCAAAUGAAUGAAUGCAGAGUAUUCCUUCUCUCACCCUACAGAGCACAAAGCACCAGACUCCUUUAAUUGUAUCGCUGAUCAUUUGCUUCCAUACAAAUGAUCUUAUUUGACCCUCAUAACUUCUGGUGAGGUAGUGGGCAGUCAUUACCCCCAUCUUACAGCUGAGGAUGUCAAGGAACAAAACUGUCCAGGUGACUUGCCCAAGGUAAAGGCAAGAACCUAGAAUGCCCAGUUCCUGGUCCAGUGCUCUUUUAACACUAUCCAUUGUCAUGUACACGUUCUAGAAUGAACAGGUCAAUGAGCUGGGUUCCAGGUGUAAAAGGGAGGGACUAUGAGGUGACAUUCUAGAAGGGCGGAGAGGGUAGGACAGGAGGCAGACGACUGUUCCCUCACAAACAGGGGCUUUAGAGCAGCCAUGUCCUACUUCAUGUCUCCACAAACUCAUCCAGGUCUUCCGCCUUCCGGCCAAGGUGGGGCUGCUUCUCUGGGCUCAUCCCUUGGCCUCUAUAGUCCUGUAGAGCCAGUGGUGGUGGCCUCUGGUGGACAAGGGCCACUGAGCCAGAAAGCUGAGCAGGCGACACCCGUUGCCCAGGCCUGGGGCCCGGCCCUGGCAGUGCCAGAAGCCAGGGGCUGCCCUGGGGGGGCUAGCUGGGAGCCACUGCGGCGGAGGGAGUACAGCCGGUACUGCCACAAGUUCCCCCACGCGAGGCAGCCGGAGAGCCUGGGCUGGGAGGAUGGCUGCUCCAGAAGCAGAGCUCCCUACCUGGGUGGCCCCAGCAGGCCUGGGCCCCUGCUGUGUGGGCUGCCCUCUGAGGCAGGAGGGAAGGAGGCCGGCUCCCAGCCCGACAUCUGCAUCCUUACUUUGGCCAUGAUGAUCGCUGGCAUCCCCACCGUGCCUGUCCCAGGCCUACGGGAAGAGGACCUGAUCCGGGCAGCUCAAGCUUUCAUGAUGGCCCAUCCGGAGCCAGCGGGGGCUGUGGAGGGGGCACGGUGGCCCUAGUGAGAUCCCGGAGGGGCCAACCUCCUGGCUCCUGCUUGCAGCGGGAUGAAAUAGCACCAGACACAUAGGGUGGCUUCUCCGUAUGGUUUUUGGGCAGGCAGGGUCGUUGGUGUCUAUGGCAGGGAUGCGGAUAGGGUGGUGGUUUGAGCCACUCUGACAAACACCAGCCCAUCAGGGCCCAGACCCCAGGAAGUUUCCAGAAACCGUUAAGCCAGGCCAUAGGUCUUGUCAGAUUGGUUACAAUGAAAAUUACCAAGGUAGGAGGCCCUGCUUGGGGAGUGGAGGCUUCUUUUUGUACUGUUUUGGUACUCGAUCAGAAGUUCUUGUACAAAGCCCUAGGCAAUGUGACUUUUCCUCUUGCCUUUUGUUUCUCACCCUGCUGAGGGCAGGUGAUAGGACCACAGG